AUGUUUCUUUUUUUCCCUCUUCGUUCAGCCUAUGACAAAAUCUUUUCUUUGCUCGUGAUUUUUCGUUUGAUUUUUUUUCUCCUUUCAUGUGUCUCUCUCUCUUCAACCUCAAUAACGCUGCGAGGAACUCUUAGUAAAUACUGUCUUUUUUUCUAUCUAUCCCAAAACUUGUCGCUGGCGGUAUACCGGUGUAACGUGGCAUACCAGGGUGCUGCGAAAUUCGAGGGUUACGCGGCAUACCAGGGUGCCGCGAAAUACGAGGGUUACGCGGCAUACCAGGGUGCCGCGGAAUACCAUGGUUACGCGGCAUACUAUGGUGCCGCGGCACACCGACUGUCCAUAUCUAUCUAUCUAUCUAUCUAUCUAUCUAUCUAUCUAUCUAUCUCACCCUGUGCCUGCCUAUCUAUCUAUCUAUCUAUCUAUCUAUCUAUCUAUGUAUCUCAGUCUCUAGCUAUCUACCUCUGUUCAUAUCUAUCUAUCUAUCUCAGUCUGUAUCUAUCUAUCUAUUUAUCUAUCUAUCUAUCUCAGUCUGUACCUAUCUAUCUAUCUAUCUAUCUAUCUAUCUAUCUAUCUAUCUAUCUAUCUAUCUAUCUAUCUAUCUAUCUAUCUAUGUCAGUCUGUACAUAUCUCUGUUCACAUCUAUCUAUCUAUCUAUCUAUCUAUCUAUCUAUCUAUCUAUCUAUCUCACCCUGUGCCUGCCUAUCUAUCUAUCUAUCUAUCUAUCUAUCUAUCUAUCUAUCUAUCUAUCUAUCUAUCUCAGUCUCUAGCUAUCUACCUCUGUUCAUAUCUAUCUAUCUAUCUCAGUCUGUAUCUAUCUAUCUAUUUAUCUAUCUAUCUAUCUCAGUCUGUACCUAUCUAUCUAUCUAUCUAUCUAUCUAUCUAUCUAUCUAUCUAUCUAUCUAUCUAUGUCAGUCUGUACAUAUCUCUGUUCACAUCUAUCUAUCUAUCUGUCUAUCUAUCUAUCUAUUACAUAUUGAUAUCUAUAUAUGUCUGCCCAUAUCUAUCUAUCUAUCAAGUAUUAUUUCAUAA